UCUUAACAGCGUGUGGCGCUGAGCGAUAGCGGCUCGCUCGCUCUUUCUUUCUCCCUCCCGUGUUUUGUUGAUUGGUGUUUUCGUCGUUUUCACUCUUUUCUGCCGGAGCGAGCUGGAUUGUUACUUGUAACAAAAGCGAAGCACCCUCGCGCGCAUACAGCUGCUCACUUCACGCGCAUCUUUGGCUCGCGCCUCGUCUUGUUGCAUGGUGUUUCUGGGAGCCGAAGCGGGUCAACCAAUGCAGAAAAGGGAGAAAAGUUUCGGUAUACAAAUGCUCUCCGUCCAGCCGGACACCAAGCCAAAGGGCUGUGCCGGCUGCAACCGGAAAAUCAAGGACCGCUACCUGCUGAAGGCCCUGGACAAGUACUGGCACGAAGACUGCCUCAAGUGUGCCUGCUGCGACUGCAGACUCGGCGAGGUGGGAUCCACACUGUACACCAAAGCCAACCUCAUCCUCUGUCGGAGGGACUACCUACGGUUGUUCGGCGUGACGGGAAACUGUGCGGCUUGCAGUAAACUCAUCCCAGCGUUCGAGAUGGUCAUGAGAGCCAAGGAGAACGUCUAUCAUCUGGACUGCUUUGCCUGCCAGCUGUGCAACCAGAGGUUCUGCGUCGGAGACAAGUUUUUCCUAAAGAACAACAUGAUCCUCUGUCAGACAGACUACGAGGAGGGAUUGAUGAAGGAGGGCUACGCGCCGCAGGUCCGCUGACCAUCCCGCGACUUCACAGCUCACAGGAGGACUUGAAGUGGACAUGCAAUCAGACACACAAAGCACUAGUGUCCUCUCCAGCCCCUGUCCCCCCACAUCACACUGUAUAUACGAAGAAAGGGACGGUGUACUGUACAGAUUAGCCAUAGAGACGUUUUUUUUUUUUUGUAAGUCGGAAGAACAUUCGAAGACGGACCAAGACUGUGGUUCUGAUUUAACGACAAUGCCUGACGGCCUUAUGAAGACCAGACUUUUGUGAACACAAACACCAAACCCCCCACAUUGCCAUUAACAGGGUGAAGAUUAUGUAGUAAAAACAAAAAUUGAUCAUAAGAUCUCAGGUUCAAUGGGUUUUCUCAUUGUCCGUUGUGAUUUCUUUCGUCUGCAUUACAUCUGAACCGGGAUUUGGAGUAAUUACGAACAGCCAAUCAGGAGAUCUUUGACGUGUAAUGUAUAGUUAUGAGAACCAAUGAGAUUUCACAGUGGGCGGAGCUACUCUGUGUCCUGAUUAAAAUGCUUCGAACUGAUCUUUGGCCUUCGACAUCUUUAACAGCAAGUUCCUUGGUGACAUUAUGACUUUUUUAUACUUAAAAAGACCCGAUGCGAACAUUUGUGCAAAGGAAACUAUGAGUUAGUUUCUUCACUGUAUUUAUUUAAUAGGCUUUUCGUCAUUGCGUGUACUUCAAGGCUCGUCCCUGACAUGUUUAUACCUGAAGAGUUUUCAAGCAUCUCCUCCAGACGUGACGAACACCACCUCGUAUUUGUUUUUUGUUGCUUUUGAGCGGCCCAUUUUGAUCAGAACCCUGUUUAAACACAAUCAGGUCGCAUUACUGGAGAAUACCUGGUCGGAGGAUUUGCCUUUUACCGGGUUUUGUUUACUAUCGACUCUCAAGCGCAAAUCACUACUGUAGCCUACAAUGUUGAUAAUCCUUUUAUGGGCUAUGAUUACCUUUGGGAACCGAGGGGAUAUAGCCUAGAGAAAAAUAUGAAGACAGACUUAAUUUGUAUAUGGUGGUUGUAUAUAUUUAAAACAAAAAAAAUAUUCCUUUUUGCUUGCUAUUGUAUAUGGAUUUUCUUUUUAUGUGUUAUUCAGCAUGAGAUGUUUAUUUUUAGGACGUGUACAUACUGUACUGUAAUCAUUUUAAGCACAAAUGUAAUACAGUUUUAUUGUGUUA